AUAAAUUGCUCUACAAAUAUGGUGGACUUUGUAUAAGUUUUAAUAGGGUAGAUUCAUUCUGGUAUGAGCAAAGGAAAAAAAAUCACUUGAGAAUAACUACUUGAAUUUAUAACCUGUCAUGUGAGUCAUAGAUAAUUUUAGAUAAGCUGGCCUUGGCUACUUCGGUACUACAGACCGCAGACACUGUUGGAAGAUUCUGGCUUCUUCUUAUGAGAAUGUUCUGGCUGUGUGGGGGAAUUGCUUUUCUUUUUUUAUGUCAUGGAGCUGCUCUUGUUCCACCUUGUGACAGUGAGAUCUACUGCACGGGAGAACUGUUAAGACAGGUACAGUUGGCCAAACUUUUUGAUGACAACAAGGCCUUUGUGGAUAUGAAAUUGAUCGCAGCACCUGAUAUUGUUUUAGAUGCCUUCUCCACCCUAAUACAGAAGUUUCCAAAUGGUACUGUUCCACCUUCAGAUCUACAAGUGUUUGUUAAUACAUACUUUGAAAACAGUGGUAAAGAGUUUGAGACUUGGAGUCCUCCAGACUGGCAUGACAGGCCAAAAUUGCUGUCCAAGAUCUCUGACCCAAAACUUCGCAACUGGGCUGAGCAGUUGCACGGUUUGUGGAAAUCACUUGGUAGAAAGGUCAGUAAUGAUGUGAGAGACAAUCCUCAAAUGUAUUCUUUGAUAUACUGCCCAAAUCCAGGCAUUGUACCAGGUGGACGCUUCACUGAGUUUUACUACUGGGAUUCAUAUUGGGUUAUAAAUGGUCUCAUAUUAUCUGAGAUGAUGGAAACAGCCAGGGGAAUGAUUAAAAACUUCCUACACAUGGUGGAGAGGUAUGGUUUUGUACCAAAUGGUGGGCGAAUCUACUAUGAGCGGCGUAGCCAGCCACCCUUCCUACCUCUAAUGGUGGAGAGUUACUAUGAGGCCACUAAAGACAUAGAGUUUCUCAGGAUGGCUUUACCACUGUUGGAAAAUGAGUACAGUUUUUGGAUGCAAAACCGCUCUGUAGUUGUGGAAGUGAAUGCUGUCAAGCAUGUCAUGAAUCGUUAUUAUGUACAAGUUGGCCAGCCCAGGCCAGAAUCAUAUGCACAAGAUGCAGAGCUGGCAGAGGGUUUACCUGCAGAGGCUCAGGAGAUGCUAUGGGCCGAACUUAAAGCAGCAGCUGAGUCUGGUUGGGAUUUUUCCUCACGCUGGUACAUUAACAAUUUUGGCCAAAAGAGUGGCUCAUUUAGGGACACUAGGACUAACUCCAUCGUGCCUGUCGAACUCAAUGCUCUCAUUUGCCGCAAUGAGCGUGUAUUGGCCACCUUCCAUAGAAUUCUGGGUGAUGAGGAAAAAGCACUUGUAUAUGACAGUGCAGUCUCUUCCAGGAUGAAGGCUAUAGAGAGUGUUUUAUGGGAUGCAAAUCAGGGAGUGUGGUUUGAUUAUAAUUUGUUGAGUAGCACCAGGAAUCCAGCUUUCUAUCCAACUAACCUAAGUCCUCUCUGGGCACAGUGUUAUUCUCAGCUGGAGAUGGGACAACAGGCACUACAGUAUUUGAAAGGAAGUGGUGGUCUGGACUACCCCAAUGGUGUUCCCACCUCUCUGAGUCAGAGUGGGCAGCAAUGGGAUAUGCCUAACGCCUGGCCUCCACUCCAGCACAUGCUCAUAGAGGGUCUAUCGCAGCUUGACUUGAUAGAAGCCAAAGAGCUUGCCUCUGAUUUGGCUCAACGGUGGAUUCAAACAAAUUGGCUGGCUUAUGUUAAAUACGAUGCUAUGUUUGAAAAGUAUGAUGUCAACGGAGAUGGCAAACCUGGAGGAGGUGGUGAAUAUGAAGUUCAGCUGGGGUUUGGAUGGACCAAUGGUGUUGCACUACAGCUGCUGGACAAAUAUGGGAAUAGGCUGAGCUCUGGUGGAAGUGUACUAGGUUCUGGCCUUUUGAUUGGACUAAUUUACCCACUUGUAAAUACCAUAUUUUGCUAUGUAUGAUUCUAAGCAUUAUAUUUGGAAAAAGGGCAUCUUGAAUAUUACAAAUUUAGAAUUCCAUUUAAGUCAGUAUGCUCGCUUGUUCAGGUUGUCUGGAAAAAUAAAUUGCAAUAACUCUACUGUGUUAAAACUGUGUAGGGAAGUAAUCAUCUUACAGUUAUCAUGAUCCUAUAAUCAAAACAAAUGAAAAUCGCUGGAUUCUAGUACUAUUAAUUUGUAUGCCUCAACAAUGUGAAUUAAUCUGCCACCAUUAUAUACACUCACACACACACAUAAUAUAUAUAUAUAUAUAUAUAUAUUAUUUGUGAUAGAUGUUGUGGAUAAAUUGAAAAAAUUGGUUUUGUUUAACCCAAAAACCAUUUACACACUAUGCAUGAUAUUGAUAAUUUUGGUUUCUUUAGUUAUUCAACUUUGACUUCUUUGCCUUUGCAUGUGUAAUGACCUUAUUGGGCUGAUUUUCAAUUACAUGAUAAGAUAAGUUUAAUUAGUUUAUUAGGAGUAAGGGUUUAUUAAUAUACCACUGUGUCAGCACCUUUGGUAGGAAUGGUGCUUUAUGUGUAAGCCGGAGAUGUCACAGUUUUGACUAGCUUAUGUGCACACAAUGGCAAACAGAUUUUUUUCAUGCACAGUGCUGCCUUAUGAACAUUUAUGGUAGGUGAGGACUAUGAGUUAUAGCUUAGUCUAUUUAAAAUCUCCAGAUAUUGUUUAUAGUGCCAGGGGCUUAUGCCUAGUGAUUCACAUGAUAUUGAUAAAACUUUCCACAUGCCUGAAUACAGCACCACAGUAGAGCACAUGCACUUACAAGAUUGUACACUUAACUGCAUGAAACUGCAGGUAUUCUGCAUAAAUUAUCAUCCAAUCAAGCAGCAGCAGAUUUAAAACAAAAUAUAUGCAGAUACACGUCAACAUAUUUCAUUUUCACAACUGAAUAAAAAAAAGUGUGAUCUCUGACUUUGAUUGUGGCAUAUUUGUUAGUUGGACUAAGUCUAAGUCAAGUUAAUCUGUUAAUCAAGUUAAAUUAAGUAAAUCUGCGCCAUAAUGGCCUCCAAUUUUUUGACCUGAUGUUGUCUUCUGUAUUUAUAAUUGUUCCAUUUCAAUGUUUGUUGUGUGUUCUAAGAUUGUGUGUAGUGAGCUUUUUUUGCUUUUUUUUAGUGCUUACGAGUUAUAAUAAACUCCUGAGUCUAGUAAUA